AUUGGCUGUAGCUCUAAGUGUCUCAUUAUGCGCCUUAUUGUUCCUUUGUUAUGGUGGCUGUAUAAAUAGACCCCAAUGGGCCCAGAGAAUGACAGUUUAGACAGACUGGUCAUCAGACUCAAAAAGCAAAGCGAGACUACUAGGAACACGCACACAUUGAGAAAAACUGCAAAACAUCUGAAAUUUUUUUUUCCUUUUGGUGCCAGUCUUGCUUCAACCAAGAUGGAUUCUGACGCUGGUUCCACCUACAGCCGCUCCUCAUCCCCUGACCUGGUUGUGGAUGACUCAGCUGGGAGCUUCUUCUCAAACAAGAUGUUUCAGACCUACUGCCACGAAAACCGCUCCGACAGAGAGGCCGACCAGAGCGGCGGCGGUAAAGCCCAAACCAGAUCGCAGCUCAGCAAGGAUGAGGUGCAAGACCUGAGACUGAAAGUAAACAGUCGGGAGAGGAAGCGGAUGCACGAUUUGAAUCAGGCCAUGGACGGCUUGAGAGAGGUCAUGCCCUACGCUCACGGCCCGUCGGUCCGCAAGCUUUCAAAAAUCUCCACCUUGCUCCUUGCCCGAAACUACAUCCUCAUGCUGUCCAGCUCAUUGGAGGAGAUGAAGAAGCUGGUGGGGGACGUCUACGGAGCCAACCAGAGUCGCGCCGGCCACCCGUCCAUCAACCCUGCUGCAUCUGCACCUGCCCAUCUCCCCCUGCAUCCUCUGGCCCAGACUCUCCACUCUCUGGUGGGCAGCGCCCAGCACCAUUCAUCCACCCCGGGCACAACAGCAGUUCCAUCUCCACACUCGCCUCCGUCGAGCAGCUUCCUUAGCUUCCACGCUCCGGUCCAGAGUCUUCUGAAGGACCCGCUCCACCUGACCAGCUCCUACAGGCAUUUCCCCGGGAUGCCCUGCCCAUGCUCACUGUGCCAAACUUUGCCCACACCGACCUCUUCGUUGCACAGCUUGGCAAUGAACAAGUAACUGUGCAAGUGACAGCUGGCGUUUCCAUCAAGAUGAAGGAGCAAACGACAUGAAGAUCAACAAAGUGCGGACUUGAUGACCGCACCGGCGCUGCAAUUUGUACAUAAUGUAGAUACAUUUUCCGCCAUGCAAACUGCUGCUAUUUUUUACGACCGGUCUCUUCUGUAUUGCUUUAAGAGAAAUAUUCAAAAUGCACAAGGGAUUUUAUCAAGAGUAGCAAAUAUUGUAAUUUAUCUGAUGAAGAAACAUUGUCAAAACGUCUUUUUGUAGAGGGUUUUUAUUUUCCUAAAUUAAAUUUCUUAUGAUCAUAA